AUGAAGUAUAUCAUCGAACAUAUGGAGCAGGGCUUCAGCGAAUGGGUGACUUUGGAAUACGCUCAAAUUAUCAGAGAUUUGGGAGCCUCGAACCUGAUUCUGUCAUCUUUGCCAGAGGGAACACAAGAGUCAGAUAUCCCUGCAAAAUUGGUCCGUAUGGGUUUGCAAUGGACCACUAGACCUCUUGUCGAGAUUCACGAGGCCUUUCCUGACUUGCCAAGACUAAGAGAAAAACGCGUCUGUUUGUUGGACCCCCGUGCCAAAGGAGACCUUAAGCCUCAAGAUGCAUACGAAUUCGACUACUUCGUUUUUGGUGGGAUCCUGGGCGAUCACCCUCCAAGAGACCGUACCACUGAGCUUUAUAAGUCGUAUCCAGACCUGUUGGUCGGAAAGAGACUGGGCGAUAAACAGAUGACCACUGACACGGCUAUCAGAACCACACAGUUGAUCGUGGAACGCCAGUUGGCGUUCGAAGAAAUCAAGUUUAUCGACUAUCCGGAAUUCAGAUUUAACAAAAACGAGGCCACUGAGAUGCCGUUCAGAUACGUCCUCGACGCCGACCAGAAGCCAAUUCUGCCCGAGGGAAUGUUGGAUCUUAUCAAGAAGGACUCCGAACAGAGUCUCGAUGACCUGCUCUGA